AUGGAGGUAAAAGAUUCUACUAGUCAUGACCACGGUAGUGCAAGUUCAGGUGAUGUCAAGAAAGUCAUAGAUCUCUAUAAUUGGGGAGAAGAAGCCAUAGAGUACCUCAACCGAUAUCUUAAAAAAGCUAAAGAAGUAGGAGACAAGCAUGGGGAGGGUAACGCUUAUGGCAAUCUUGGCAAUGCUUAUUUUAGUCUGGGUGAUUUCAAAAAAGCCAUACAGUACCACAACCUAGAUCUUAAAAUAGCUAAAGAAGUAGGAGACAAGCAUGGAGAGGGUAACGCUUAUGGCAAUCUUGGCAAUGCUUAUUUUACUCUGGGUGAUUUCAAAAAAGCCAUAGAGUACCACAACCUACAUCUUAAAAUAACUAAAGAAGUAGGAGACAAGCUUGGGGAGGGUAACGCUUAUGGCAGUCUUGGCAUUGCUUAUAACUGUCUGGGUGAUUUCAAAAAAGCCAUAGAGUACCACAACCUACAUCUUAAAAUAGCUAAAGAAGUAGGAGACAAACAUGGGGAGGGUAACGCUUAUGGCAAUCUUGGCAUUGCUUAUAACUGUCUGGGUGAUUUCAAAAAAGCCAUAGAGUACCACAACCUACAUCUUAAAAUAGCUAAAGAAGUAGGAGACAAGCAUGGGGAGGGUAACGCUUAUGGCAAUCUUGGCAAUGCUUAUCAGAGUCUAGGUGAUUUCAAAAAAGCCAUAGAGUACCACAACCUACAUCUUAAAAUAGCUAAAAAAUAUAGAGACAAGCAUGGGGAGGGUGUUGCUUGUGGCAAUCUUGGCAAUGCUUACUUUAGUCUGGGUGAUUUCAAAAAAGCCAUAGAUUACCACAACCUACAUCUUAAAAUAGCUAAAGAAGUAGGAGACAAGCAUGGAGAGGGUAACGCUUAUGGCAAUCUUGGCAAUGCUUAUUCUAGUCUGGGUGAUUUGAAAAAAGCCAUGGAGUACCACAACCUACAUCUUAAAAGAGCUAAAGAAGUAGGAGACAAGCAUGGGGAGGGUGUUGCUUAUGGCAAUCUUGGCAAUGCUUAUUCUAGUCUGGGUGAUUUGAAAAAAGCCAUGGAGUACCACAACCUACAUCUUAAAAGAGCUAAAGAAGUAGGAGACAAGCAUGGGGAGGGUGUUGCUUAUGGCGAUCUUGGCAAUGCUUAUUUAAGUCUGGGUGAUUUAAAAAAAGCCAUAGAGUACCACAACCUAUAUAUUAAAAUAGCUAAAGAAAUAGGAGACAAGCAUGGGGAGGGUAACGCUUAUUGCAAUCUUGGCAAUGCUUAUUUAAGUCUGGGUGAUUUAAAAAAAGCCAUAGAGUACCACAACCUACAUCUUAAAAUAGCUAAAGAAGUAGGAGACAAGCAUGGGGAGGGUAACGCUUAUGGCAAUAUUGGCAAUGCUUAUUUUAGUCUGGGUGAUUUCAAAAAAGCCAUAGAGUACCACAACCUACAUCUUAAAAUAGCUAAAGAAGUAGGAGACAAGCAUGGGGAGGGUAACGCUUAUGGCAGUCUUGGCAAUGCUUAUGACCGUCUGGGUGAUUUCAAAAAAGCCAUAGAGUACCACAACCUAUGUCUUAAAAUAGCUAAAGAAGUAGGAGACAAGCAUGGGGAGGGUGGUGCUUAUGGCAAUCUUGGCAAUGCUUAUGACCAUCUGGGUGAUUUCAAAAAAGCCAUAGAGUACCACAACCCACAUCUUAAAAUAGCUAAAGAAGUAGGAGACAAGCAUGGGGAGGGUUGUGCUUAUGGCAAUCUUGGCAAUGCUUAUCAGAGUCUUGGUGAUUUCAAAAAAGCCAUAGAGUACCACAACCUACAUCUUAAAAUAGCUAAAGAAGUAAGAGACAAGCAUGGGGAGGGUGUUGCUUAUGGCAAUCUUGGCAAUGCUUAUUUUAGUCUGGGUGAUUUCAAAAAAGCCAUACAGUACCACAACCUACAUCUUAAAAUUGCUAAAGAAGUAGGAACCAAGCAUGGGGAGGGUAACGCUUAUUGCAAUCUUGGCAAUGCUUAUGACCGUCUGGGUGAUUUCAAAAAAUCCAUAGAGUACCACAACCUACAUCUUAAAAUAGCUAAAGAAGUAGGAGCCAAGCAUGGGGAGGGUAACGCUUAUGGCAAUCUUAGCAAUGCUUAUAACCGUCUGGGUGAUUUCAAAAAUGCCAUAGAGUACCACAACCUACAUUUUAAAAUAGCUAAAGAAGUAGGGGACAAACAUGGUGAGGGUAACGCUUAUGGCAGUCUUGGCAAUGCCUAUUUUAGUCUGGGUGAUUUCAAAAAAGCCAUAGAGUACCACAACCUACAUCUUAAAAUAGCUAAAGAAGUAGGAGACAAGCAUGGGGAGGGUGGUGUUUAUGGCAAUCUUGGCAAUGCUUAUGACCGUCUGUGUGAUUUCAAAAAAGCCAUAGACUACCACAACCUACAUCUUAAAAUAGCUAAAGAAGUAGGAGACAAGCAAGGGGAGGGUAACGCUUAUGGCAAUCUUGGCAAUGUUUUUAACCGUCUGGGUGAUUUCAAAAAAGCCAUAGAUUACCACAACCUACAUCUUAAAAUAGCUAAAGAAGUAGGAGACAAGCGUGGGGAGGGUAAGUCCUAUGGCAAUCUUGGCAAUGCUCAUUUCAGUCUGGGUGAUUUCAAAACAGCUACAGAGUACCUCAACCUAGACCUUAAAAUAGCUAAAGAAGUAGGAGACAAGCAUGGGGAGGGUUUCAUUUAUGGCAAUCUUGGCAAUGCUUAUCACCUUCUGGGUGAUUUCAAAAAAGGCAUAGAGUACCAGAACCUACAUCUUAAAAUAGCGAAAGAAGUAGGAGACAAACAUGGGGAGGGUAGAGCCCACUAUAAUAUUGGUUCUAUGUAUCAAACUGAGGGAGAUUUGAUAAAGGCUAUCGAGUCAUACAACAUAGCGCUUAAAAUUGCUGAAGCGGUUGAAGACAAAUCCUUGGAUGCAAUGGCCUACUAUUCAUUAGGAUGCGUUUUUGAGGUGCAGGGUGGACUGCCAAAAGCCGUUGAACAUUACCAAGCUAGCAUUAACUUAUUCAAUUCCUUGAGAGUACUUCUAAAAUCUAAAGACGAGUGGAAAGUUAACUUUCGAAAUCAGUAUCAAAUGGCGUAUACGGGUUUGUGGAGAGUCCUCGUAGAACAAGGUAAUAUAGAUGAAGCCUUAUUUGUUGCUGAGAAAGGACGAGCUCAAGCUCUGUCCGACCUUAUGGAAUCCAGUUUUUGUGGUGGUGCAAGUCAGCACAAGACAGGUGAUGAAGAUUUAGCAGUCACUGCCAAGUCUUCAUCGAUUUGGAUGAAACGUUUUUCAAAAGUUUUAAAAACCGUUCCAUCAAACACCGUCUUUCAGGCAGUGGACAUAGUUGAUGUCAAUCUUUGGGUUGUGUCCAAAGGAAAACAAGUUCAGUUAAGACAAAGUAAACUCAAAGGUUUUGUUUCAGAGAAUAGUGGAGCUAGCCAGUCCUUUGAGUCGUUUAUGCUCGGUGUCUAUACACAACUUGGUGUUGGUUCUAUUUUGAGUUGCGAGAAUCGAUCUUUGGAUGCUUUGAGGGAGAGCCCUUCAAAAGUGGAUGAGAAACCUAAAGAAUACAACCCUCAACCUGCCAUUCAACAAAGUAAAUGCUUGAGCACGUUGUAUGAUAACGUCAUGAAGCCGGUGGCCGACCUGAUUCAAGGGGAUGAGUUAGUCAUUAUUCCCGAUGGACUCCUGUGGCUCGCUCCUUACGCUGCAUUGAAGGAUGGUAAUUCUAAAUACCUGUGUGAAUCUUUCAGAAUCCGACUCGCUCCAUCAUUAACGAGUCUUAGAGUCCUUGCCGAUUGCCCAGACGAUUAUCACAAAAGCAGUGGUGCGUUACUUGUAGGAGAUCCGUGGGUAUCCGAGGUUACUAACAGCGAGGGAGACAAACCCCUCGAGCAGCUUCCGUGUGCUAAAGAAGAAGUAGAAAUGAUCGGAAAAAUUCUGAAUAUCACGCCAAUCACUGGCAAACAGGCCACGAAACGUGAGGUGUUGAAAAGACUCAGUUCCGUUUCCUUAGUUCACUUUGCGGCACACGGAUGUAUGGAAACUGGCGAAAUUGCUCUUACACCUGACCCAGACCGAACAUCUACUUUGCCUACCAAGAAGGAGGAUUACAUAUUAACGAUUCGUGAUGUGUUAAAUGUUCAACUUCGCGCUAAACUAGUUGUACUUAGUUGCUGCCACAGCGGUCGAGGCGAGAUCAAGGCUGAAGGUGUGGUUGGCAUUGCGCGCGCUUUUAUGGGGGCUGGUGCUCGGUCUGUUGUGGUGUCCCUGUGGGCGAUUGAUGACAAGGCUACUCUAGAGUUCAUGAAAUGCUUUUAUCGACAACUUGCCGAAAGCAAACCUGCAAGCGAGUCACUGAACCUGGCCAUGAGAAGCCUUAGAGAAUCAGACCAGUUUCGCGACAUCAAACACUGGGCUCCCUUUUUGCUGAUUGGAGAUGACGUCACUUUUGACUCCAUGGCAAAGGAAAGAGAAAAUUUGAAUACAAACUUGAAUAAAUGA